CACACGUACAAAUGGUCGUUGCAUAUGGCUGACGGCCCGGGCUUGUCUUAUCCACUAUAAAGUCAGUAGAGAUGAACGAAGCGACAGGUAGUAAAAAGAUGCGAACUUUUUCCUUCUUUUUCGUCUUCUAUCUUCUCUCCCUAGCAGCUGCCGCCGACUGGUAUACAGUCGAGUGGGAUGCCACCACUUUCACGGCGAUGUCGGGUGAUAUGCUCGUUCCCGACCUGCCGACACCCGGAGGUACCCCCUACGUCUGGCCAGGAUUGCAGUCCAAACGGCGUCCUCCAAGCUGUGCUGGACGGGCGAAGCGGGACAUGGUGGAUUGGGGACGGGUUCUAUGGCACGCCCUCGCUCUCUUGGGGUAACGGAUUCAACGUGUAUCCCGGAGAUACAGUGCAUUUUGAGUUUAGUGUUGUGAGUUUAGAUGUCUCUCAGAAUCCAUCUGCAAACAUUGCCUGUGCAGAGCGGGACCGAAUGGACGUGCACCCUCUCAUCUGGCUCCAAUUCGGCGUCGACUGUACUGGACAUAACAGGAAACACUAUGAAUCGUGCUAUCUUUGCUGUCGAGGUAACUAGUAUUAUUCUUCCCUUCUUCCUCUCAUUCGUUUCGCUCUCAGCUGUACGACGUUGCAUUCGAUUUCGGCCCGAUCGUCUAUAGUAACGUCAAGAUCACUGCUACAACUGCCGCAUCGAGU